AUGGUGACAGUUGAGGAACUGCUCUUGGACACCCUUGAGAGCCUGGGACAUGAAGAUUUUAAGGCCUUCAGGUGGUACCUGCACCUGCGAGAGAUCUACAGCGGCAUCACCCCGAUCCCGUGGUCCAAGCUGGAGGAGGCUGACCGGCUGGAAACAGUGACGCUGAUGGUGCAGAAAUACUCCCAUCACGCCGUGGAGCUGGCCGAGACGGCUUUGGGGAAGAUGAACAUGUAUGACCUGGUCCAGAAACUGUCAGACAGGAGCUCAGAACUGAAAGAUGUGGAGAUGCACGAGCUUCAGCCUCUAGAAAAACAGAUCAAACUGUUUCAACGCACGAUACAGACGCAUUUCCAGAGCAGGUUCAUGUGUGUUCAAGAGGGUAUGGCCGAGAAGAGAGAUGAGCAGAGCCUGAAGGACAUCUUCAUAGAGCUGUACAUCACAGACGGGGGGGAAAUUCACAUCAACGAACAGCAUGAGAUCAUGCUGAUUAGGAACUACAGGGCGGCAGCAGUGAAACCCAUCGACCCCAGUGACAUAUUCAAAAGUCCUAUUGGUAAACCCUUAAGAACAGUGCUGACGACUGGAGUUGCAGGAAUUGGCAAAACAAUCCUCGUGAAAAAGUUUGUGUUGGACUGGGCCGAAGGAGGGAAAAAUCAAGAUGUGCAUCUGAUAUUCCCCUUUAGCUUCAGUGAACUGAAUCAACUGAAGGGGGAAAGGAUCAGCCUGGCAGAGCUAAUUCAUAAGAGUAUCCGGGAAACCAUAGACAUCACAGACGAAGAUCUGAACCGUAUCUUUGCUAAACUACAGGCGUCAGGAAACUGCGACUUUAACAACAGUCAAUAUAAACUUCUGUUUGUGUUGGACGGAUUGGAUGAAAGCCGCCUUCAGAUGGAUUUGACGCGACGUGAACCUCAGCAGGUUGAUUUUGAUGUGACACAGUCGACCUCGGUGGAGGUUCUGCUGACUGCCCUGAUCAGUGGGAACCUGCUUCCCUCUGCCCGGGUGUGGAUAACCACACGACCUGCAGCCGCCAGUCAGAUCCAUCAGGAUUUUAUCAAAAGAAUGACAGUGGUGAGAGGAUUCACUGACCCACAGAAGGAGGAGUACUUCAAGAUGAAGUUCCCAGAACACGGCAGCAGAAUCAUCGCCCACAUCAAGGCCUCACGGAGCCUCUUCAUCAUGUGUCACAUCCCAGUUUUCUGCUGGAUCACUUCCACAGUUUUGAAGGACGUUUUGAAAAGCAAAGCGAACAUAGAUCUGCCCACAACGUUGACGGAGAUGUACACAGAAUUCCUGCUGUAUCAAAUCACACUGACAGGAGAGAGGUGUGGCUCAAAGAAGAGCAUCAGGUACAUCAAGUCCUUAGCGAAACUAGCAUUCGACCGUUUGGAGAAGGGCAACCUCUUCUACGAGACAGAUCUGAAAGACAGUGGCAUUGAUUUACUCAAAGUGUCACAGAACGCUGGAGUGUUCACAGAGGUCUUUAAAGAGGUGUUCAAGUGGAAGGACAACGGUAAGGAGAAGAUGUACCGCUUUGUCCAUCUGACCCUUCAGGAGUAUCUGGCUGCCCUGCAUGUUGUGAUGUCACUCAUUAACGACAACAAGAACGUUCUGUCGGAGCAGAAGCUGAAACUGGGAGAUCUGUGUACGCUAUGCAGGAGAAAAUCCAUAACUGAGGUCCACGAGAUUGCAAUUCAGAAAGCGCUGAGUUCAAAUGGGCGGCUGGACUUGUUCCUGCGCUUCCUCCUGGGCCUUUCCCUGCAGACCAAUCAGGAUCUUCUAAAGCGUCUGUUGAAUACGUCCAAAGGGUUCCAUCAGACCGACCAUCAACCCACGAUCCAGUCCAUCAAGAACAAGAUAAGGGACAAUACAUCCCCAGAGAGGAGCAUCAAUCUAUUCCACUGUCUUAAUGAGCUGAGAGACGAUUCCUUGGUGAAGGAGGUCCAGCAGAACCUGAGUUCAGGAAGUCUGUCUGAAAGAAAUCUUUCUCCUGCUCACUGGUCGGCACUGGUCUUCAUCCUCCUGUCAUCGGAAGACACGCUGGAGGUGUUUGACUUGAAGAAAUACUGUCCUUCAGAGGAGGGUCUCCUCAUGCUGAUACCAGUGGUCAAGGCGUCCAACAAAUCACUGCUGAGUAGCUGCAAUCUAUCUGACAACAUCUGUGAAGCUCUGGGUUCGGUUCUCAGCUCCGACUCGUCUAAGCUGAGGGAGCUGGACCUGAGUGACAACAACCUGCAGGAUUCAGGAGUGAAGCUGCUUUGUGUUGGACUGGAGAGUCCAAACUGUGUCCUGCAGAGUCUCAGGCUGUCAGGCUGUAUGCUCUCUGAGAAAGGCUGCGCCUCCUUGGCCUCGGCCCUGAGGACCAGCCACUCCAGCCUGAAAGAGUUGGACCUGAGCUUCAAUCAUCCCGGAGACUCGGGGGUGAAAGUGCUGACCGCUCUACUGAAGGAUCCAAACUAUCCUCUGGAAACUCUCACCCUCGAGUAUUGUGGAGAGCAAACACUGACGCCUGGUUUCAAGAAAUACGUCUAUGAACUCGUCCUGGAUGAAAACACGGCGCAGGAAAACCUCGAGCUCUCCGACAACUGCAGGACGGCGACCACCGUAUUCGAGAAGCAGCCGUACCGACACCACCCGGGGAGAUUCGACUGCUGGCUGCAGGUGCUGGGCAGCACUGGACUGACUGGUCGCUGUUACUGGGAGGUCAAGUUUAAAGGCUCGGUUUACAUCGCAGUGACGUACAAAGGAAUCAUACGGAAAGGAGAGGGGGCCGACAGCUGUCUCGGUUUGAACCAUCACUCCUGGACGCUGCUGUGUCAGAGGGACGGUGGCUACUCUGUCCAGCACGGAGACCAGGCGACUCACCUUCGGCCUCGGUUGUCUCCGGCCUCGGACAGAGUGGCGGUCUUCCUGGACUUUCAGGCCGGCAUUCUGUCCUUCUACGAAGUGACCUCUUAUGCACUGAUCCAUCUCCACACGUUCAAAUCCACGUUCACGGAGCCUCUGUACCCCGCAUUCGGGUUUGGGUUCAGUUAUCGAUUUACGGACUUUGGGUCGUCUGUGUCUUUGUGUGAGAUGGAUGACGUCUCUCACUGCUGA